UGGUGUAGCAGAUCAAACGCUCCUGUGUACCUGAACCGCCCCCAAGCUGUUUGACGUGUCCGUCUGUAGUCCGUGCUCCGCUCCUCUCGCCGCAGCAUGCUGUGUACCUGCUGCUAGUAGGUCCCAGAGCGACGAAGAGGACAGACGCUGUGGGCUUCAGAUUUGCUGCUCCGGUUUCUGUCUUCAACAUUUAGUUAUAGUAAUAUGCUUUACAGCCGGUAAAAGAACAUCUUAUAUUUCCACCUUUAUCUGAACUGUACCUGAGCACCUUUGGAAGCAGCUUGCUCCAACACCGACCCGGGCUCCGCACAGAGGAAUGCUGCUAAACAAGGAAACCUGCGUCCGAAAAUAAUAAUAAUUAAAAAAAAAAAAGGACAACAACGUUUUGUCAGGAUGGAUGGCUUAAAUGCUGCCCGUCUUUCAUCAAACUGUAGGCCAUCUGUCGGGGGAGUUUCACCCGAUGAAAAUACUCCCGCUGGGAAAGCUCCGUGUCAGGUGCCGGUGAAAAAGCAAGCCGUGAAGAGACACCACCACAAACACAACCUGAAGCACAGGUACGAGUUUCUGGAGACUCUGGGGAAAGGAACCUAUGGCAAGGUGAAGAAAGCCAAGGAAAGAUCCGGUAGACUGGUCGCCAUAAAGUCCAUCAGAAAGGAGAAGAUCAAGGAUGAGCAAGACCUGGUUCAUAUUCGCAGAGAAAUUGAGAUCAUGUCCUCACUCUGCCACCCACACAUCAUCACCAUAUAUGAAGUAUUUGAAAACAAGGACAAAAUAGUGAUCGUGAUGGAGUACGCCAGCCGUGGGGACCUGUAUGACUACACCUGUGACAAGAGGCACAUCUCUGAACGAGAGGCCAGGCACUUCUUCAGACAAAUUGUAUCAGCUGUGCACUACUGCCAUCAGAAUGGAAUAGUACACCGGGACCUGAAACUGGAGAAUAUUUUACUAGAUGGCAACGGCAAUGUUAAGAUUGCAGACUUUGGCCUGUCAAACCUCUACCAUGGCGACGAGUAUCUUCAAACUUUUUGUGGCAGCCCUCUGUAUGCUUCCCCAGAGAUAGUCAAUGGACGGCCAUACCGUGGGCCAGAGGUGGACACUUGGUCUCUGGGUGUGUUGUUAUAUACUAUGGUUCAUGGCACCAUGCCAUUUGAUGGAAACAACUACAAGACAUUGGUUCAGCAGAUUAGCACUGGAAACUACCGUAAACCCAAUAACCCCUCUGACGCAUGUGGACUUAUCCGCUGGAUGCUGAUGGUAAAUCCUGAGCGCAGAGCUACUAUAGAGGAGAUUGCAGGACACUGGUGGCUCAACUGGGGUUACCAGCAGCCAUUACUGGCAGAGGCGAAGAGCAGUUCAGCAGAGCACACCUCUUCACCAGUCUCUCCAUCAACAUCACACCCUGCUGGGUUGGCCAGUGUUGCUGGUUGGCUCCGUCGUACAUCCAGGCCUUUACUGGAGAAUGGCUCGAAGAUGCGCUGCCUGCUCCGCUCACAGGGCGGCGGUGGAGGGGAUGUAGUCCGACAGCGCUCUCUGCGAAGGUCACGAAAGGAAAACAAUGUCUCCCAGACGGUUCAUGAAGGAAGCACAGACAGCCGUCCCUCAAAGGGUAUCCUCAAGAGACGUAACAGUGUGAAACAGAAAGUGAUGAGUGAAACCCCAGCUGCAGGUCCAGCGGAGCCUCAGAACAUUUUGGGUUUGUCUGCACCAUCUAAUGCCCCAUCAGCUGCAAUGCUGCCUCGCAAAGGUAUCCUAAAGAAGCCGACAGAGCAAGAGUCAGGAUAUUACUCCUCCUCUCCUGAGAACAGUGACUCAGGCUGGGUACCACAAAAUAAAGAGUGCCCUUCAGCACCAACUUAUAGGAAGGGCAUCUUGAAGCGUAAUGGAAAGUUCUCCUCAGGUGGGUUGCAGGAGUUUGGCUCUUUAGACCAGUUAGCAGUGUCUUUACCCUGUGGCGUUACCAGGUCCAGACCAAGUGGUGCCAUCAGUGAGGACAGCAUUCUGUCUUCAGAGUCCUUUGAUCAGCUGGAUCUGCCAGACCGUGUGGGACCUACAACACAAAUGGAUAAACCAGCCAAGGCCAGCAUGAGAGGGUGUGUGUCUGCAGACAACCUGCUGGACAUCCAAGAACAUGGGAUUCUUGGGGAUGGGUUGCUGAGGCCCUGGAACUGCUAUGAGUCUGGAGUGGCUGACAGCGCCUUUUCCAUCACAGACUGUGAUAAUGUAACCGAAGCUUACAGACAGGCCAUGGUUCUCCAUGCAGGCUCUGCAGCAAGCUGAAGACCAGUAAUUAGUAAAGGACACUGACUAAAUAACUGUUUUUUAUUCAGAACUUUUAAAUGACUGUAAAGUACUGAAGGCAUGAAAGCCAAAGUGCAUUAUGUGAAACUACCAGCACACUGUAUUGUUUUGGCUAAAGGAAUUGCACAUCACCAAAAAGGGAGGAGGUUUUCUCGUUAAACAUCAGAUUGUAUUUAAGAUGGUGAAUGAUAGAAGAUGCUUUUGACUAAAACGGACUAAAUAUAACCAGAUGGCACAGUGUUUUACAAAACCAAGUGCAUUGAAAAUGUCCAUUUCAAAGAUCCUCAGGAGAAGAGAGCUGCCGUUGUUCGACCAGGAGCUCUAGUUUUCAACAGGAGAGCUUAACUAUCAAAAGUGUAGUUAAUGAGAAAAUGCACCUUGAAACCAAAACACUGGUCUGAGUUUGUAGAACAUAUUACUCAAGUGACAAUAAAUUAGAAAACCGUUUUUACACCGUCACAGUAGGACUGGUGUUUUAAAUAUUGCUUCUUUUGGUCAGGUCAGCUUGACAAAGUGUUUAUGACUUAAUAACUCUUUUGGAUUCUAGCUUUCUGCCAACUUUAUGUUUAUCUAGCAAUAACAGCAAUAACACACAGGUUCAAUGUUAGGAUGGGCUCAUGUACCAUAUACUACAGAUUUUUUACUGAGUUUUAGGAUGUGGGAAAAUUACAUUUCAUGGAUACCAAAGAACGUUAAUGUUACCAGACCUUUUUUUCAGCUUUUAUUUAAAGCACUAGAAAAAAGUGCCAAGAGGACGUUUGUUUGUUUCAGGGACUUCAGCUGUCAGAGUGUUUUUUUUAAUUUUUUUAAUUUUUAUUAUCGUUUUAUUUCUUGAAAUGACUUGUUCUAAAUUUGGAUAAUGACUUGAAUAAUAAUCAUGACACAUUUGAGUACAACAAGUGUAACCAGUAGAACCUGCUUUUGCUACCAAGCCUACGCUGUUACAAGUGCACAGGUGGCCACCGACUCUAUGUAUGCAGGUGACAGUUUCACAGGAAAGGUGGGGAUGACUGAGUCAAAUUUGAAGUCAAAUACAGCACCUUGUUUUUGAAAGUGAACCAUGAGCCCCAGCUACUUACUGUAUGCUGUGUAUAAUGUGGCGCACACUUAAUGUGUAACCUUUCAGCUGAAUUUCUGAAGAUCAGUCAUGGAGCUCGGUUGAAAUUGAACUUUGCGUUUUAAUUUAAAAGACACCUGGGGUGGUACAGUAUUUCACAAAGCCGGAUUAGAUGUUUAGCCAUCUAACUUAAUAUAAAUUAAAUAAAAAGUACAAUGCUACUCAACCUAUUAAACAUAACUUAUAUAUUGGGUUUAAAAGUUAAAGUCACGAAUUAUGCACACUGAUGAUGAUUAUGAGUUAGUUUGACAAGAUAUUUCAUGCCACUCUUUGUGGUUAUCUGGUUGACAUCCUACUCCUGUCUUGUGAAAUACCCCCUGGCUGCCAGAGAAAGGUACAUCAAAAUGUUGAUGUUGUUGUUGAAAUUUCAUGAUGCACACUGGUUACCUAAUUUGAUCGGUAUGCUGGCAUUAAAUUAGAACAUCAAGCCAGUGCCUGGAGCAGCACCUUAUCAGACCAUCGAAACUUGAUAACCAUAGAAUUUAUUUAUCAGUUGUCAUUUGAGUAUUUGAGUAUUAAGUUCAUGUAACAAAAGUUGAUCAACAUGCUGUUUAUUGGAAACUGGAAUGUAAAGAAUAAUUUUUUGGCACACGAUGAGGCUCAUCUGGGAUUUGAAGCCUGUACUUAUGCAAAAGUAAACUAGGAAUUCCCCAAUAAAGAAUGAGCGAUACUCAUUGUCACUGAUAACUUAUCUUUUACUAUUGAAGUGUGACAGAGAAAACAUGUCUUCAGCCUUUGGGAAGACAGGUUUCAUUCUUGUAUCAUUUGAUGUGCAUCUGGGGAUUUCAUCGCUAUUUUUGUCCUUCCCUUGUCCCAGAAGUUGCAGGUAUGAAGGCUCUAUUCAUAUUUUUUUCUCUUUGACUGCAACAAAAACCAUGUUUGCCAAAGUUACUGGCUUACCAUUUAUAUGGCCAUGUGAUCUGCUUUUGUGACUGGGAUGAGGAAAUCAAUAAAAAAACAAUAAAAAAAAACAACAAAGAACUCAA